AUGGGCUGCGCUGCGGGAACCUUUGAGAGCCGUUGCAGGAAUCCCUCGUGCGCCUAUGUUCCCCAGACGGAUGGCUAUUGUUGCCCAAACUGCAAGAAGAUGCACGAUGAGAGCCUUGUGUGGGAUGUCAAGAACAACAUCAACACGAAGAGUAGCAACGAGGACAUCAAAGGUCAUUGCCGGUCGCCAGCGCUUCCCUACCAACUCUGUCGGGUGCACAUCCAAGGCUGCUGGCAAGAUCUGGGCACUGAAGAGCGGAAGAGUUUCCUGUACCUUGCUUUGGUGCGGAACGACAAGGAAUUGCACUGCAGAAGAAUCAGCGGCAAAGAGCCAAUUCCACGAGAGCGUACAAACUUCAACAUCUGCUUUGAUCGGGGCAUGGUGCUGGUGCAAGACGCCAAAGUGGGCGAUCACUUCGAGUUGAAGUAUCAAGUGGGAAAGCGCUGCCGGUUGGUGGCCAGUGGCAUAAGCGUGGUGAUGGUGAAAAGAGAUGUGGAAGACCUUGAGCACCAGACGGAGUGCCAACAGGUCACGGCCAAAGUGCCCACCACUGGGCGCUGUGUCAACCCCAUUUGUUCCUACGCGGCAGAGACGAAUGGAUUUUGCUGCACAGAGUGUAAGCAGAUGAAGCAGCAAAGCAGCUGUGGAGCACUGCGAAAUCUCCGGGUCUUCGAGGCUUGA